AUGAGGAGGUUCCUCCUCUUCGCUCGUGGACUCAUAGACCGGACCCUCCAAAGACUCGGAGAGAGUCCAGCAGAGAAAACCGGUACUUGUCAGACCAGGUCCAGGUCACUUCGUUAAAUCGCCGCGUUAAAGAAACUUCCUCAAAGUCAUUUUUUAAAAAACUUAAUAAUGAAAAAAUCUCCAAACUUUCCUCCUUCUUCCUAACGAGGUUUUCAAACAUGUCGGAUCAUCCUGUUUUUUCUCCUUUAAGGCGGAGCCAAAGUCGCAGCCAUGGCGAGCUACAAGAAUUGCCACAAUGACUGGAAGAUGAAGUUCUCCGUGGAUGAUGAGUUCCCCGAUCUCUCUCUGCACAACAACCACAUGGCCAAGGUACGAGCACACACACACACACACACACACACACACACACACACAGACUACUGUGUGUGUGUGUGUGUGUGUGUGUGUGUUCACUACAUAGACGCCAUCUGCCUCCUCUCUCAGAGAACAGCGCCCUCUGGUGACAGGCUGCAGUAUAGGUCCUAAACCCCGCCUCCUUAUGGAGCUGUGGACAAACUUUAUAAAUGAAUGACACAGAAUAUAAAUGUUUCUCCCCCUGGUUGUGAUGUUGACAUGUAGUUACUGUCAGACUGGUUUGUGCUCAAGUCCUCUUUUUUCUGUACAGCUCCAUUUUUAAAAGUUAUUAGGGGGUUCAUGUUUGCUAUGAUUGACACCUGAUACAGCCUAUGGGAGGACAGAGAUUGAGUAGAUCACCGGGGGAUACGCUGUUUGAGCCGAGCGUCAUCACAGAGACUCUCCUGCUGGAUGUGAACAACGUUACUGAACAAUGUUGGUUUCAGGAAGUGGAGAAAAAAUGUGGAAUUACAGAAAACUUUUCAGGUUCAGAUCCGUAAACUGGCGGGAGGCGGGGCCAAGUUGUCCAGAGCAAAAACAGUCUAUGGGUCACACACACACACACACACACACACACACACACACACACACACACACACACGUCUGUACAAACACUGACCUUCACACACUCCUGUACACCUCCAGGUGCUGACCAAGGAGAUCUACGGCAAGCUGAGGGGAAAGUCCACCCCCAGCGGUUUCACCGUGGAUGACGUCAUCCAGACUGGUGUUGACAACCCCGGUAAGAAGGAGGAAGUGACAUCACAGACACAAACACAAACCAUCAACCAAACACUGACCGACUCUCUCAUCCUCUCAUCUCAAAGGUCACCCCUUCAUCAUGACUGUCGGCUGCGUUGCUGGUGAUGAGGAGUCCUACGAGGUCUUCAAGGAUCUGCUGGACCCCGUCAUCUCUGACCGUCAUGGUGGAUACAAACCCACCGACAAGCACAAGACCGACCUGAACUUCGAGAACCUGAAGGUGAGACAGAGUCCACCAUGAGAACUCGUAGACCAGCUAACACGCCCCCCCAUGACCAUGUGAUAAAUGUGCGUCUGCUCCGUCCUCCAGGGUGGUGAUGACCUGGACCCCAACUACGUCCUGUCCAGCCGCGUCCGUACCGGCCGCAGCAUCAAGGGAUUCACCCUGCCCCCCCACAACAGCCGUGGAGAGCGCAGAGGCAUCGAGAAGCUGUCCAUCGAGGGUGAGAGUCCAAUAAUGUUCACGUGUUUGUGAGACUUUGGGUGACGGACCAAUCAGACACUGACUCCUCCCCUCUCUGACCCCCACAGCCCUGGCCAGCCUGGACGGUGAGUUCAAGGGAAAGUACUACCCCCUGGAGGGCAUGACCGACGCCGAGCAGGAGCAGCUGAUCGCUGAUCACUUCCUCUUCGACAAGCCCGUGUCCCCCCUGCUGACCUGCGCCGGUAUGGCCCGUGACUGGCCCGACGCCAGAGGCAUCUGGUGAGAGUUCCUCCGUGUUCUGUCCGUCAGCUGAUAGACGAGACGCUUUUACCGACAGUCUUUGUAGACCGAUCCUCUGAUCCUGACUGGAUCUCUUUUUCAGGCACAACGACAACAAGACCUUCCUUGUCUGGGUGAACGAGGAGGAUCAUCUGCGUGUCAUCUCCAUGCAGAAGGGAGGCAACAUGAAGGAGGUCUUCAGACGCUUCUGCGUUGGCCUGCAGAAGGUAAAACCCCCAGACUGAUAAGUUCUGAGUCACCUGGUCACCUCGAUGAGAACCUGAACUGGACUCAGGUCUUCUCCUCCUGUUUGUCGUUUGGUUCUGACCUCCGAUCUCUUUGUCCUCCUCUCUGCUCAGAUCGAGGAGAUCUUCAAGAAGCACAACCACGGCUUCAUGUGGAACGAGCAUCUGGGCUACGUCCUGACCUGCCCCUCCAACCUGGGAACCGGCCUGCGCGGUGGCGUGCACGUCAAGCUGCCCAAGCUCAGCACACACGCCAAGUUUGAGGAGAUCCUGACCAGGCUGCGUCUGCAGAAGCGUGGCACAGGUACGCCGAUGUUUCAGAGGAUGUCGUGAUUUUAGACCGAGGACAGCUGGAGGAGAAGACGAAUUCUGAGUUUAGUCGAUUAAACUGAGACUGUAAACGAACUGAGGGUUUGAUCAAACAGGAAGUUUAAAGUUUCUGACGUUUUUAAUCCAGUAAGUCUCCAUGUGAAGGUCUGAGGUCUGAGGUGGACUCUGAAGGAGGAUCUGGUUUAACCUUCGGGACCGUCACUUUGGUUUUUUCUCUGGAGAUAAAUUCAGAGGUCUAAAUCGUCUCCUCCUCCUUUUCUCCUCCUCAGGUGGUGUGGACACCGCCUCCGUGGGUGGCGUGUUCGACAUCUCCAACGCUGACCGUCUGGGCUCCUCCGAGGUGGAUCAGGUCCAGCUGGUGGUUGAUGGUGUCAAGCUGAUGGUUGAGAUGGAGAAGAAGCUGGAGAAGGGCGAGUCCAUCGACGGCAUGAUCCCCGCCCAGAAGUAA